CAUGUUGCUUCACUCAUCUUCCAUACAGAUAGUGUUGUGAGAGAAGGAUAAUUAACCUUUUUCUAAGUCAUUUUCUUUGUUUAUCUUUUCUUAUAAGAAGAAAAGUGAGCUCUUCGCUUCUCACAGCAAUGGCAGGUCGUCCGUACUCAAUCUUGAUCAUUCUCUCUUUGCUUCUUAUGGUUACAUUCUCUGAUGUGACUAAGGUUUAUGGACUAGCACAACUUCGCCCUUCAGACUGCAACCCAAAGUGCAUUUACCGUUGCUCAGCAAAAGGACACAAGAAGCGAUGCAUGUUUUAUUGCCAGAGAUGCUGUGCAAAAUGCCUCUGUGUUCCUCCUGGUUUAGAUGGGAACAACAGGCAAGUUUGCCCUUGCUACAACAACUGGAAGACAAGGUCAGGAGGACACAAAUGCCCUUAAAUCUAUUUCUUCAUAUAUAAUAAUUAAUAAUCUAAAAUGCUACCGUUUAGUACUGGAGCAUAUUUAGCUGUGUUCACUUCAGAUUCUCAAGGGAAAACUUUAAAGUUUUUAGUUUGUUGUAAUUUGAUGCUGCUGCAAUGCAACUGUAGUAUUCGUUCUUGGUUCUGAAUUAUGAAAGGGGUGUAAUAUUAUCGAUUAGUAUUAAAUGGUUU